AUGGAGGACAACAGUGAUGACGAUGUGAUACGUGAAGAAAUGAUGUCUAGGAUCCUCGAACUAGCCAUCAAGAAGCGGCGCCGAAUGAACCGCCGUAAGAGAGGCUACAGUCUUCGAAACGAUUUUUUGCAGGCACGACUCAUCAGCACACUAUGCUCUGAUAUAAAACAAAUACUGGAGUUACGCGAGAAGCGCCGCAAGAUUGCCGAGUUGUACUUAAAGGAUCUACUGUUGUCGUGA